UUAUGUUGCUCUCGCUGCUGCGCAGCUCUCACUCUCUCUCAAACUCCCUGACAUCGAUCGAAUCAAUCCUCCCAUGUAAACUUUCUUCAUUUCUCAGAAACAUAUCGAAUCAUCAUUACUCAAUAUCAUCCACGAAUCCUAAUUAGUAAAAUCCCUAAUUGUUAGAUUUGCGCCAUGUGUAUUAGAUUAAACUUAUUGAAUCUUCCUUCCUUCCUUCUUUGUUUUUUAGAAUCAGAAUCAGUUUGUUAAAAUGCCUUUCUGCAAUAAACUAAGCCGCAUCGCCAGGCAGAGCGAGAACCACGCCUCCUCCAUCAUCAUUACCUCUCUCAAGUCCUUCUCCUCCGAAGCAGCAACUCACCACAGGUACCACCACGAGACGCACAGUUUCCUCGAGCCGGAGAGCUACAUCGACAGCUGGGAGCCGCCCAAAGAUCCCAGAGACGCCGAUAGGAUGCUCGCGCCGCUGAGGAGAGACUACGCGGAGAAAGUGAGCCUGUACCGUAAAGACUACGUCCACGAGAUCGAGAUGCUCAGGGUGGAGAAGCAGCGCAAGGACGAGGCGAGGAUGGUCGCUGAGCGUGCUGCUAACGAGGAGAGGAGGCGUUUGAAAGCCGAGGCGGCUAAGGUUAGGGCUGAGGAGAGGAAGGUCUUCGAGGAGGAGUUCAGGAGAACCCUGAUGAAAGAGAGAGAGGAAAAGCUGGAGUUCUGGAGAAUGACGGGAUUAAAAAGGGAAGAGAAGAAGAGAGAUAAAAAGAAGCUAUUGCAUGAGCAAAGUUCGUUGUGGAUCGAACCAAAGGAGCUGGAGAAGAAGAUUACAGAAGCCUUGGUUGAGUCCACCACUCUCUAAAUCAAUCAAGCCCCUCUCUUCUGAAUAUUUGUUUAAAGAAGCAAUUUUUUUUAAUAAUUUUGCAAUAAGCAUAUAAUGAGUGUUGGUGGUCUUGUGACCGAUCUUGUUUAUGGUUUUUUUGUGUCGUAGUUAUCGCUAAUAAUAACUUUUCUUUUGUGUUA